CCAACGGCCCAACCCCUUCCGUGAAUCUAAGGAAACUCCGUAAGUGUGGUUGGUGAAUAAGCUGAGCUGUAGUUCUCUAACGUCCAAAGCCUUGCGCAGGAUUUUUUGGUACCGAGCGGAAAGGAGAUGCACACGGCACUCGAGUGAGGGGACCAAUAAAAAGGACACAAUGCGAGUACAUGUACACACCAAAUUCUGCUUCCUGUGCGUUAUCACCUUCAUCUUUCAUCACUGUAACCAUUGCCACGUGGAAGGGCAUGACCACGCUAGCGACGUACAUCAGCACAGCGACCUACAGAUUUCUGAGGCUCCGGUUCGUUCCACCACCGUAUCCCCAGACUCAAACAGUCCUGAAGGGCCACCUCUAGAGGAAGAACAGCGUUACUACAUCCAACAGCUGUUUAGGCUCUACGGGCAGAAGGAUCGCUUGGACUUCCAGGGUUUUGAGAGUCUCCUCCAUAGCCUGGGUUUAGGAUCAGUUAAAUUGGUUGCCAUGGAUCAUGAGGAUAUCGGUCAUGACCACGUGGCCCACCUCGACCUGCUGGAUGUGCAAAAUGGGCUUCACUCACAUACAUCCUCCAGUAAAGUCCACAGUCACGAUCAUUCGGGCCAUAAGCACCAUCACCCACACGUAGAACAGGUUCCCACACGCUGCAGCCCCACUACUGCUACUGGGGGGCCAACAAAUCAUGACCAUAAACACGGUGAUGAUGAUCAUGAUACCCAUGACCACAACCAUAAUCACACACAUGAUGAAGACCAUCAACACCAGCACACAGAGGUCCAGUCUGACCACAAACACCCGUCUUCUAAUCCCCAUCAGAACCCCACAAACCACAGCAGCGAUCAUCACAGUCAUAAAGAGCAUAGAGAUGAGCCAGCACUGCCAAGUGUGACGCCGACGGAAAAUCCUGCAAGGACCAGGAAGCCGGGAAAGGUCAGAGGUCAGGGCAGGUCAAACAAGUUCCCUUCAUCUGAAACGCCUCCAACUGAUGACCAUGACCACAGUGGCGCUCAUAAAGACAAGAGAGAGGCUCCAGGGUUGGCUGCCUCAUCGGGGCUCAUAGAACAUGCAGGACACUCGCACCAGCAUGAGGAGUGCUUGAACCUGACUCAGCUCCUCACCUACUAUGGCCUGCAGCCUGACUCCGUCAUCUCCCAGAGUGAGUUCACCUACCUGUGUCCCGCCCUCCUCUACCAGAUAGACAGUCGCGUCUGUAUCCGCCAUUACCAUCAGGUGGACGUUGAGCAGGAGGCCCUGGAGACUGUCAGUUCUGUCUGGGUCUGGCUCUGGGGCUUCGUCUCCAUCACCAUCAUCAGCCUGCUCUCUCUUCUCGGGGUGAUUCUGGUUCCCAUCCUCAAACAGUCCUGCUUCAAGUUCCUGCUCACCUUCCUGGUGGCGCUGGCCGUGGGCACGCUCAGCGGAGACGCUCUACUUCACCUGCUGCCUCACGCUCAGGGACAACACGACCACAGCCAGCAUGGAGACAGCGAUACCACUGAUAUGGUCACCGCCUUUGAUGGCGUGUGGAAGGGUCUCACUGCACUGGCUGGCAUCUACCUCCUCUUCAUCAUCGAGCAUUGCAUCGGCAUGUUCAAACACUUCAAAGACCAGAGGGAACUGCAGAAGAACAACGAGGAGAGGAAGAUCGGCAGGAAGCUGUCGGAUCACACGCUAAACCGCCGUUCAGACGCAGAGUGGUUGACCCUGAAGCCUCUGAAUGACGACCCGGAGAACUCAACUAUCUCCUGCGACAACACUCACAACGACACCCAGCUGACAGAGCUCCAGACCCCCGACUCCCCCACCACAAAGACCCCGCUGGCUCCUACAAAGGAGCCCCAGUCUCCCACCAGGGACCCCGCCCAGAAAACCAGGAAGCACAGACACUCCCACGGUCACGGACACUCCCACGGAGGGAACUGCCACUCGGACCAGGAGAUGAAGGAUGCUGGGAUCGCCAGCAUCGCCUGGAUGGUCAUCAUGGGAGACGGCAUGCACAACUUCAGCGACGGCCUCGCUAUAGGUGCCGCGUUCAGCGCCAACAUCACAGGAGGCAUCAGUACAUCCGUGGCUGUUUUCUGCCACGAACUUCCUCAUGAACUCGGCGACUUUGCGGUUCUGCUGAAGGCCGGCAUGAGUGUAAAACAGGCCAUCAUCUACAACGUGCUGUCGGCACUCAUGGCUUAUGUGGGCAUGCUGAUCGGCACGGCGGUGGGCACGUACACGCACAACGUGACCAGCUGGAUCUUCGCCAUCACCGCCGGGAUGUUCCUCUACGUGGCUCUGGUGGAUAUGCUGCCAGAGAUGCUUCACGGGGACAGCGAGGAGCACAAGCGCUGCCAAGUGGGACACUUCAUCCUGCAGAAUGUGGGCAUGCUGACCGGCUUCAGCAUCAUGCUGCUGAUCGCCAUCUUUGAGGACCGCAUUGUGUUUGAUUUUGGCUUUUAGCGGAGGACGGAGGAAGUGGACGGCUGGAUGUAUUGGUGUUUUUUUUUUUCUUAAAGUGUCCUGUCUGCUGUCCUGCACGUGCUCCAUUGGUCUCUGUUCCAAACUACAGCUGUCCGCUCUUCUCCUCAUCUUUACGCCUUGCUCCUCCUCUUCCUCGGCUCCUCGUUCUCUUCCUGUGAAGCACAAAGCUGCCGCCCCUUUUCCCCAGGAUAGACGCUCCCACCUGUAGCAUUCUUGCCCUUCAUGCCUUCGCCUCAUUCAUGCGGCGUCCCGUCUCCGUGGCUUGUUCUUGUGUGCUGAUGUCGUCCCGCUGCGCUCCGCCCACCGC